UCUAUUAGAUAACGAUUAGAAAACGAGCGCAGCCGUGUCCAUGCAAUUCUUAUAAUGACCCAUCCGUUGCUUCGCUUCAAAAAAAUCCACUACUACCUCAUCCCCGUAGUGGCUCUAGUAGUAUGGUGGGGUAUGCUUGUAGCUCUCUUGGUGGCGUGGUAUAUCCAAGGAACACCUAAGUACAGCUUCAUGAAACACAAUCAGAGUCCAGCUUAUAUAUCAGACAUCGGUGCUACCAACUUGAAACCAUUAUUCAUAUCAUGUGCUGGCUUCCAGGGCAUUUUUUUCAUGUGGACUUUGAUUAUGGAAUAUUACCUUCGCACCCACCGCAAGCUCCAACCUUAUGUGUCUACAAAGCAGCCUAAGUUUGCUAUUGUAAGUAUUGUGUGUGGAUUCAUUGGGCAGCUUGGGAUUCUCUUUGUUUCAAUUUUCGACACGAAAAGAUUUCAUGACGUUCAUCUCAGUAUGGUAGGAGUGUUUAUUGCGUUUUCAUUCUUCUGCUGUUUGUUCAACUUCUUUAACUCCUUCAUCUUCGGCAACUACCCCAGCAGAUUAAGUCCAGACCAUGAGAGAGUCAUUUUCGGCUCCUGGAGAUGGGCUAACCUCUAUAUGGUUUCGUUCUGGAUGAAGUUCGUCUGGUUAUUCGUUGCUGCUGCCUUUGCAAUCUGCUUUGGAUACUUCAUGAAGGACGGAAACAGAAAUCUCAGUGCUUCUUUCGAAUGGUCCAUUUCUUUCUGGUACGGUAUCUUGUUGGUCAUGUGGAGCAUCGACUUGUUCCCUUCGGCGUGCAAACACUACAGGGUCAGACACCCGGAGGAAUUCGAUGAUUCUUUGAACGAUGAUAAACAUGAGCAGAGAACAACGUCUUCGUUUGUGCCUUCAUCCUACCACGAGCCUGAAACAUAUACCAGAGUAUAAAAUUUUCCAUUGCUACCCAUUUGCAUCCGCCCAAGUUGAUUUCAGCUUGUGCCACUUUCAUUUCCUUGUAGAUUAGUUAUAGAAUACAAUGUAUUAUUAUCACUAUUAAC